AUGCUGAACGUCAGUGGCAACCAUAUGCGCCUACCUCCAACGCCAAAUGACCACAUUGAAUCCCUCUCCGACACUGACCAGCGCUUGCGAUUUGACAUCGACGCUGAUCCCAAGGAGGCUGAAGCCUUGUGUUCUACCUCGUUUCCCAUCCUGCACCAUCUGGCUGCCGUACGGAUGUCGAAUAUGUCUUGGUCUGUUCUCAAGCGCAUUCUGUCCUGGAUGCCCUCCAUAAAGGAAAUUUGUGUCGCCUACAAUCCCCUGGGUGAUUUUCCCUCAGUCGAGACCCCUGAUGGCCAGUCGAUUGCCGCAACAUUCUCUGGCCUGGAGACUCUCGAUCUGACCUCAACCGAACUCACAGACUUCGACCGUGUGCUUGAGGUGGUCGGCUCCGCAUCUCGUCUGAAAAGUCUCCUGUUGAAUGGAAAUAAGAUCCGCUCUCUGCAACUGCCCACCACCACCACCACGCCAUCAGUCUUCAGGGCACUCAAUCAAAUCGGUCUGCGAGACAACCUCCUGGAGGAUUGGGAAUCAGUCAAUGAAUUAGCUCGUCUACCCGCCUUGACUACGCUACUUUUCCGGCAAAAUCCCAUCCUGCUUAACUUAAAUCCGUAA